UCCCUAAUUUUCUCCACUAUUCUUGCACGAAAAGAGAUCCAGGGUGACAGGAAAUAUGAUGACUCAUCUGACAUCAGAUUGAGUCCUUUUUUUAUUUGCCCUUUAUGCCUGCCUCAGUCUCUGCUACUGGGAAUAACUGUGUAUGUUUUGUGAGUGUUUUUAUUUCACAGAAGACACAAACGGAUUGCAGGGGAACUCUGAUGAUUUAAAGCUCUGGUGCAUGCAGCUAUCUGAUAGCUCUUUGUUUUCCACAAUCCUUUGCCUAGGAAAAGAAAUCAAAGUGUGUUUUAAUCAUGCUGACCAGCAAGGAGGGAUUCCUUCUCUUUGCUUUGUAUCUCUGGUUGUAUAUAUUUAUAUAUUUCCUUAAAGGCUGUGCGGGCUGUGCGUCUGAGGAGAGACUCUUUCACAAACUGUUUUCUCGUUAUAACCAGUUCAUCAGGCCAGUGAAAAAUGUUUCUGAUUCUGUCACAGUGCAUUUUGAAGUGGCCAUCACCCAGCUGGCCAACGUGGAUGAAGUAAACCAGAUCAUGGAAACCAAUUUGUGGCUGCGUCAUAUCUGGAAUGAUUAUAAAUUGCGCUGGGAUCCAAUGGACUACGAUGGCAUUGAGACUCUUCGUGUUCCUGCAGAUAAGAUUUGGAAGCCUGACAUUGUGCUCUAUAACAAUGCUGUUGGUGACUUCCAAGUUGAAGGCAAGACAAAGGCUCUUCUUAAGUAUGAUGGCAUGAUUACCUGGACUCCACCAGCUAUUUUUAAGAGCUCCUGUCCUAUGGAUAUCACCUUUUUCCCUUUUGAUCAUCAAAAUUGUUCCCUGAAAUUUGGUUCCUGGACAUACGAUAAAGCUAAAGUUGAUCUUCUAAUCAUUGGAUCUAAAGUGGAUAUGAAUGAUUUUUGGGAAAACAGUGAAUGGGAAAUUGUUGAUGCUUCUGGCUAUAAGCAUGACAUAAAAUAUAACUGCUGUGAAGAGAUAUACACAGAUAUAACCUAUUCUUUUUACAUUAGAAGAUUGCCGAUGUUUUAUACCAUUAAUCUGAUUAUCCCCUGCCUCUUUAUUUCAUUUCUGACUGUUUUGGUCUUUUAUCUUCCUUCUGACUGUGGUGAAAAAGUAACACUUUGCAUUUCAGUUCUGCUUUCCCUGACUGUGUUUUUGCUGGUAAUCACAGAAACCAUCCCGUCCACAUCUCUUGUGAUCCCACUCGUGGGCGAGUACCUGCUAUUCACCAUGAUCUUUGUCACCUUGUCCAUUGUGGUGACCGUCUUUGUAUUGAACAUACACUAUCGCACCCCAACAACACACACCAUGCCUGAGUGGGUGAAGACGGUUUUCCUCCAGUUGUUACCCCAGAUCCUAAUGAUGAGGAGGCCUCUGGACAAGAUGAAGAAGACAAGUUCUGAUAGAAACCCCAAGGGCAUCUCCAGUAAGCCUGCCAAAGUCAAGUUUGCUAACCGGGGAGAGCCUAAACUUCUUAAAGAAUGCUGUCACUGUAAUAAAUCAAGUGAUCUUGCUACCAGCAAGAGAAGAUUGAGUCAUCAGCCUUCACAGUGGAUGACCAAAAAUUUGGAGAACUCGCCUGAAGUUGAAGAUGUGAUUAAUAGUGUUCAAUUCAUAGCAGAUAACAUGAAGAAUAAAAAUGAAACCAAAGAGGUAGAAGAUGACUGGAAAUACGUGGCCAUGGUGGUGGACAGAGUAUUUCUUUGGGUAUUUAUCAUUGUUUGUGUGUUUGGAACUGUGGGGCUAUUCAUGCAGCCACUGCUGUGGAACAUGGGAAAAUCUUAAAAUAUAUUUUCCUUUUAUCUUCAGAAACUUACAGAUGCUACAUUUGUUCUGUGUUCCCUGCCAUAAAGGAAGGGACAUAAACCUUCCCAUCCAAGUCCCCCAUCCACUGUAGCCAAUGACAAGAUGGGAAAAAGAGGACUUUCCUUUAGCUUAGGAACAGGUGUGCCCUCAUGUAGCACGGGGAGUGCCUGAAGGCGGUUUUAAUGCUGGAGCAAAGAGCUGGCACCCCCCACAGGCUGAGUGUGUCAGGCCCUACUUCCCUUGUCUGUACACGUUAGGCUUCCAAGGAAGGGAAUGAGCCCUGUGAUCAGCAUCGAGCUGCACCAAAAAAGAGCCUCGGUCUUGCCUCCCGUUUAGGCUGCUCAGCCACACAGUGACACACGCCAGGGGCGAGGGAAAUCCAACUGGGACCUUGCUGAUGUUUUAGCAACACUUGUGGACUGUUGUGCCCUUGCUCUCCUGUGCACGUCUCCGUGAUGCAGCUCACACACGGCAGCAUUUUGUUGAUCAUUGAUUGGUAGUCAGGGUCUAUCUUAAUUAGCGUUCAUCUGACGAGGGUCUUGAGUGGGAACCCAGCACACGAGUAUAGAAAUAGUUCCGUCCUCACACACUCACAGCUUUUUAGGAAAACUCAUAUACGAAGAGCUGCAGUCUCAGGCAUCAUUUGGGGAAUGCCACAAAACGAGAGAACCUGGUGGGGUGGCUCCAGGUAAACCUGAAGCAACCUUGGCUAUGGGUCGAGAGAAGGUGUCCUUCUGGCCUUUCCUUGUUAAUGGUUUCCAUUUGUUCAUUGUAGGCAAGACUG